AUGGAUAAUCAAGCUACACAGAGGCUCAAUGACCUUUCUUUAGAACCCGCUCCUUCGCACGAUGAACCAGACGGCUCUGGACUAGUCAUAGACAUCGAUCAAAGAAAGAUUGCAGAUGAACAAGCUGGUAUCGUAAUGGGUGAUGAGACCCCCCCUUUGGAACAGCAAGAUUCACACGAAAGUUUAGCUGCAGAUUCUCGGAAUGCCAAUUUCUCAUAUCAUGAGAAUCAGCAAUUGCUGGAGAAUGGCACAAAACAGUGGGCCCUAGAUGAGCAUGGUUCUCAUUCUGCCAUUUUGGAACAGCCAUCGCAUUCGACCAACUGUAGUUCUUCGAAUAUAGCAGGAAUGGGUAAGGGCCAUGAUUCCACAGACCAUGUAUCUCAUAAUUCUGGGUGUAAACCAAGGACCUUAUCUGCUAGUGCUCAGCACAUUUUGCCAGAGACACUCAAGUCGUUUUCUGGGACUCCAGCAGUGAAUAAGGAGGCACGCAACUCCGCUUCAUAUAAAAUGGGAAUGCUUGCUGAUGACGCUUCGCAGCAGUUUCUUGAUGACCCUUCUUCCGAGCUGAUUGACUUGUAUUCCAAAGUGGCGGAGUGUAGAGAUUUAAGAACAAAGUACCAGACCUCAUCUGUGCAAAACGACGAGCAAAACCCGAAAAAUAAGCCAAGCUGGGUAGUCUAUCCUCCUCCACCUAAACCCUCAUACAAUUCAGAUACUAAGACCGUCGUGCCCGUGACUAACAAGCCGGAUGCGGACGUUUUCGAUUUCACAAAGUGUGAAAUUCCUGGUGAAGAUUCAGACUGGGAUUUUACCAUCAAUUCCGAUGAUUCAUACGUUGUUCACAGACCAGGUAAGACAGAUGAGUUGAUUGCACAAAUUCCUACCCUGCGUGACUACUAUCUGGAUUUGGAAAAAAUGAUCUCGAUAUCAUCAGACGGUCCUGCCAAAUCGUUUGCUUAUAGAAGAUUACAAUACUUGGAGGCACGCUGGAAUCUGUACUAUCUUUUGAACGAAUAUCAAGAAACUAGCGUUUCUAAAAGAAACCCACACAGGGAUUUCUAUAAUGUUAGAAAAGUGGAUACUCACGUUCACCAUUCUGCCUGUAUGAACCAAAAACAUUUACUACGUUUUAUUAAACACAAAUUGAGACAUUCCAAAGAUGAAAAGGUUAUCUUCAGAGACGGAAAACUCUUAACCUUAGACGAAGUGUUCCGUUCUUUGCAUUUAACCGGCUAUGAUUUAUCCAUUGACACUUUAGAUAUGCAUGCACAUAAGGAUACAUUCCAUAGAUUUGACAAGUUCAACUUAAAAUAUAAUCCAAUUGGAGAAUCGCGUCUUAGAGAAAUUUUUUUAAAGACAAACAACUAUAUUAAAGGUACCUACUUGGCUGACAUUACUAAACAAGUCAUAUUUGAUUUAGAGAAUUCGAAAUACCAAAAUUGUGAAUACAGGAUCUCUGUUUAUGGUAGGUCACUUGAUGAAUGGGACAAAUUAGCUAGCUGGGUCAUUGAUAACAAAGUUAUUUCCCAUAAUGUUCGUUGGUUAAUUCAAAUUCCUAGAUUAUACGAUAUUUACAAAAAAACGGGCAUCGUUCAAAGCUUUCAAGAUAUUUGUAAGAAUCUGUUUCAACCGCUAUUUGAAGUGACUAAGAACCCGCAAUCUCAUCCGAAAUUACACAUAUUCUUACAAAGAGUGAUUGGGUUUGAUUCUGUCGAUGAUGAAUCUAAGGUUGAUCGUCGUUUUCAUAGGAAGUACCCCAAACCAUCGCUUUGGGAAGCCCCACAAAAUCCUCCGUAUUCCUACUACUUGUAUUACCUGUAUUCAAAUGUUGCAUCUUUGAAUCAAUGGAGAGCUAAGAGAGGGUUUAACACUUUGGUUUUGAGACCACAUUGUGGUGAAGCCGGUGAUCCUGAACAUCUGGUUUCAGCAUAUCUAUUGGCGCAUGGUAUAUCGCACGGUAUUUUAUUGAGGAAGGUGCCAUUUGUUCAAUACUUAUAUUAUUUAGAUCAAGUUGGUAUAGCAAUGUCACCACUAUCUAAUAAUGCGUUGUUUCUGACCUAUGAUAAAAAUCCAUUCCCAAGAUAUUUCAAAAGAGGUUUGAAUGUGUCUUUAUCUACCGAUGAUCCGUUACAAUUCUCUUACACUAGAGAACCAUUGAUUGAAGAAUAUUCAGUUGCAGCGCAGAUUUAUAAACUGUCCAACGUAGAUAUGUGUGAAUUGGCAAGAAACUCCGUGUUGCAAAGUGGAUGGGAAGCACAAAUCAAAAAACAUUGGAUAGGGAAAGAUUUCGACAAAAGUGGUGUUGAAGGUAACGAUGUAGUCAGAACAAAUGUUCCUGACAUCAGGAUCAACUACAGAUACGAUACACUAUCAACCGAACUGGAAUUGGUAAAUCAUUUUGCCAAUUUUGUCAGAACCGUUGAAGAAGAGUGA